AUGAUGCUUAGGCUUGCAGCCGCGGCGCUCGGGCUGCUGUCCCUCGUCGCCCCACCACUUGCCGGUGCUUCCCCCAUCUCUGAGAUUGCCAAGCGCCAGAGCGGGCUACAGAAUGUAGCCUAUUUUGUCAAUUGGGGCAUUUAUGGUCGUAACUUUCAUGUCCAAAAUGUUUCAGCUGACAAGGUUACUCAUCUACUCUACGCUUUUGCCAAUUUGAGGGACGAUGGGACAGUCGUCGGGGGUGACAUCGAGGCGGACAUCUCCAAGCACUACCCCACAGACUCUUGGAACGACGUCGGCAACAACGCAUACGGGUGCGUCAAGCAGCUCUACAAGCUGAAAAAGGCCAACCGCCACGUCAAGGUGCUGCUGAGCAUCGGCGGCUGGACAUGGUCGACCAACUUCCCCUCGGCCGCCAGCACCGAGGCCAACCGGAACCGGUUCGCCAGCACCGCCGUCGGCCUGAUGAAGGAUUGGGGCUUCGACGGCAUCGACAUCGACUGGGAGUACCCGGCCGACGCGACCCAGGGCCAAAACAUGGUGCUGCUCCUGCAGGCCGUCCGCAGCGCCCUCGACGCGUACGCCGCGCAGUACGCGCCCGGUUACCACUUCCUCCUGACCAUCGCGUCGCCCGCCGGGCCGUCCCACUACCAACAGAUGCAGCUCGGGCAGCUGGCGCAGGUGGUCGACAAGAUGUACCUCAUGGCGUACGACUACGCCGGCGCGUGGGACAGCACCAGCGGCCACCAGGCCAACCUCUUCCCGAGCGGGUCCAACCCGACCGCGACGCCCUUCUCGACCGACCGCGCCGUCACCGACUACAUCGCCGCCGGCGUGCCGCCGUCCAAGAUCGUGCUCGGCAUGCCCAUCUACGGCCGAACCUUUCAAAACACCGACGGGCCCGGCCGUCCUUAUUCAGGCACGGGACCGGGCUCCUGGGAGAAUGGGAUCUGGGACUUCAAGGCCCUCCCGCGGCCGGGCGCGACGGAGCAGUACGAUGCCGCGACGGGCGCGACCUGGAGCUACGAUGCCACGCAGCGCGAGAUGGUGACGUACGACACGCCCGACAACGUCCGGCGCAAGGUGGACUGGGUCAAGACGAAGGGUCUGGGCGGGAGCAUGUUCUGGGAGCUGUCGGGGGACAGGACUGACGGGUCGAGCCUGGUGGGUACGAGCGCGAGCAGCCUCGGUGCCUUGGACACGAGCCAGAAUCAGCUGAGCUACCCGGAUAGCCAGUACUUGAACAUCAGGCAAGGGCUGCCGGGGGAGUAA